UCCCGACUGCAUCAUCCAGUUUGCUGAAUAUAAAUUUGCAGCGACCUUCAUUUUUGAUCACUCAGCUUGAUUGAUUGUCGAAGUGAUACACCGACAUAGACAAAAUAAGUUAAUAUUCUAUUUUUUUAAACGAAUUGAAAAAUAUCUAUAAAACGACUAGGAGAACAAAAAUGUCGGGUCCUUUCUCGAUGCUGUUGCUUAUGCUGAUUGUUGUGUUACAGCUAGAGCAUCAAGUCCUGGGAUAUUCAUUUUCAGAUCAAUACUUCUCUGGUGAGGGCAAGAAAUUCGGAAAGGAAAAAGUCGCCUUUGCUGUUUCAGGACCAAAAGGAGACGAAGGAACCCCUUUCAUGUACCCCAAACAGCAUAAUAUCUUGUAA